GGUCACCUUGAUCUCGGGUACUUGUUUCUAGGCGAUUCAGGUACUUUGAUAAGAGAAGUUGUGAAUGGCGACACUUGUUGUGUCAGUCUCGUGUCAAGAUAUGCCAUUCACAUAUUUCUAUGCUUGAAACUUCUGAGUGCUGCAGUGCCACCUGGGAAUGUAUGUCGUCUCCAAAAUUGCUUCUCAACGUCAGAUAACACGAAUUCAACGCCGCGCAAUCGGUCCCGCCAUGGUCCAUCUCAUCCCUUUUUGAAGUCGCAAGGACAGAUAAACGACAAACCAAGGUAAUCUCUACUAAGCCCUUGCUUGAUCAAGCCACAGCAAGACUCCACCCGCCCACUUCCCCCCUUUAGGCUUGGGGACAUGGGAUUGGCUUGUGAAUUUUGGCAAGCAGGCAAAGGUGCAAGCUGGCAGGAACUCAGAUACAGGCUCGGCAAAACCGUGGCUUCUCAGACGAGAGCCGCAACAGGAGCAACCCCCGGCUCCUCCAAUUAGCUGCGAAAAGGUGUCAAUUCGUCGCGAUCCAAACUCCAUACUUGACUUAGUGGACACUGGUCAAUAGCUCCAACACGGGGAUUCAAUGUUCAUGAUCAGAGUACUCUAGCAUCGCAAACAACCACGACACUCCUUUGAAGUUAUAGCGAUCGAUCGGAUCGAUACAUACCCGAUAAUGUACUUCGUCUCUGCGGCCAAGGCCCUCGUGGCCGCUGCUGUCUUCUCAGCUGUCACUGCUCACAACAUCGUCCUGCCUGCUCACGGCCGAGAAUGCUUUCACGAGUCCCUACACAAGGACGACACUAUGACUGUCACUUUCCAGGUUGGCGAUCGUGAAUUCGGUAGCGCAGGCAACCUUGAUAUCGACUUCUGGAUCACCAACCCUGCUGGUCAAUACGAGACAAACGAGAAGAGUAUCUCCAACGGCGAUUAUUCGUUCACAGCUAAGCAUGAUGGCAAAUACAUAUACUGCUUCGGAAAUGAGAACUGGGGUGCCAACACCAAGGAGGUCUCCUUCAACGUCCACGGAAUCGUCUACGUGAGCGAGCACGAGAUGCCUGCCGACCCCCUCGACCGUGAAGUUCGGAAGCUGUCCGAUCUUCUUGCCCAGGUCAAGGACGAACAAGAAUACAUCGUGAUCCGUGAGCGCACCCACCGAAACACCGCCGAGAGCACAAACAGCCGAGUCAAGUGGUGGAACAUGUUCGUCAUUGGUGUUGUCAUUGGUGAAUCUCUCUUCCAGGUCUGGUGGCUGCGACGUUUCUUCGAGGUCAAGCGGGUGGUUUAAGGGGUAGACUUAGGUGCAUGACGGCUUGAUAAAAGAUCAACUCAUUGAAAUACUCGGAAAUGUUGUUUGUUUGACGAACCGCAAAUGUGAAGAACGGAUUGGCGCAGUAUUAUAUUGGGAGCACUUCAGGGAGGAUGAAACGAUGAUACAAAAGAGCAAUUGGAAACCUACGCAAAUGUGAUGAUAGGGAGAGCAUGUAAUAUAACAUUUUACGUUGAGAAGAGCCCCAUGUCGCUUGCAUCUGGAUCAAGACAGGGCCCCAGGAAGUCUACGUGACUGCUUUGAUGUUAUUUUACAAAUCGUCUUCGGUAGAUGCACACAGUUUUGAAAUUUCAAAUUCAUUAUUCAACCCGAGCAAGUCUAUGACCAAUUAUCCUGGAAAACAUGUCUUGUAUACUACAAUGCCUUGUAGCUCAAAUCAAGGUCAUUCAUCUCGUUGGCGUAUUUCAUCACUGACAUGACACGAUAUGAACCCGCAAGAAAACCCCAGAAAAGCAAAACCAACGCCUUGUUUUGACUCUCAGAGCCAUUGCAUGCAAAAGGUAAGGAGAUCAUUUAGGCUCCAGGAUCAGACUCAGGGGCCUUACCCGCCUCAGCAUCAGCAUCAGCCUCAGGGGCUUCAACAGGCAGCUCGACAUCUUUGACGGGAUGAAGCAGCAUAGGAGGCAGACACAUUCUGCCCUCGCCACCACGCAUGUUGCCAACUCCCUUACCUUUUUUGCUCUUAUCCUCGGUGCCUUCAAAUUCCUCGCCGCCGUCAUUGUUCACUCGAAGACCUAGCCAGCGACGAUACAUAUUUGGUGCAAAGCCCGAAUUGUAGAACCAGGAAAGGCCGUGCAUGUUGUGUUCGCGAUCACCAAAGAUGCUGGUUCGAGAGCCUCCACUUGCGCCGUCACGGCCGUUAUUGUAAACCUGUGCCAUGUACGCUGUAGGCCAAUUUCGAUCAACAUAGACAGGAUGGGGCACAGCGACGGCCUUGUAGCCAUGCUGCAGAGCGACAGUGGCAGGCCACAUCUCAGGGAAGGCGAAUUGCUUCUUGAAAGCCGUCAUUUUGUGCAUAGUUGUCAGAAGUCGCCGCGACAUACGCGAAGUGGUGAUGAUGUUGGCCCGGCGGGGAGGGAGUCCCUCGGAUCGGUUGUAGCCUGUGAUGUCCUCCUUGAGACCCCAAGUCGUACCAUCAGGGUUAAAGAUCGGGUUAAGCGCAAUGUAAUCGGCCUCUUCUCCAACGCCCCAUUUGUAGUGAUCCUUCUCGUAGGAGGUGGGAGCAACAGGAUCGUUGCCAGGCUCAAACCAGUCAUCAUCGUCCUUAGGACGAAGGGGUCCCCAUACAGUGCGGUGGCCUUUGGUGUCAGAGUCAGGGGACUUGCCCUCAAGACCAGGAACUCCCUUCCAGACAUUGUCAGCGCCUACGACACCCAUCUGACUCUGAACCCGAGCCAUCUGUGAGAAGUCUUCCCAGCUACCGUGAAUACUGGGGAAAUAGAAGCGAGAGUUGCGCUCCCAGAGACCCUUGCGAGGCUGUGAUUUAGACCAGUUCUCAAGCUUGGUAAAGAGAUCGUAAUAGUGACCUGUGUAGCGCACAUCCAUUUCCCAUUGCCAGAAGUAGUCGUAUUCAGGAUGCUUGUGGGCAAAGUACUGCAUGGCCAUGGACAGACCGCGGUACACGCCGUGAACGGGGAGAUCAGGACCACGAGUGAAGUGGUCGUAGAUACCCUGGUAAAGAGCGAGCAUCUGUGUCUCGGACCACAGCGUAACCAAGCCUCUGAACUCUUCAGGAAUGGCCUCCUCAAUGCGCUCGUGGUAGAUUCUUUCGUCCGCCCACACCGGAUGAGCAGCUUCAUUCUUGACCUGAACUAGGAGAUGGAUAUCAUAGCGACCACCAGAUGUCACAGCGAGCUCAGUAAUGAGAGAUCGAAGGUUGGCAAUAUCAUCUUCGCGCCAGUUGUACUCGUCCCAGCAGCGCACAACAACAGCAGUUCGUGGCACCCCGCUCCCAGCAGCCUUGGGCGACGCAUUAUUGAAAUUCCCAGGCUUUUCUUCCUGGUUUUUCUCGUCCUCCUUGCUAUCCUUAGAUUCGGUCUCGUGGGGCUUUCCAGAUUGCGACUCUUCUGCUUUUAAUUCCUGAGGCUUUGACUCACUUGUUUGAGACACAGAAGCCUCGGUAGGCUCAGUCUUUGAGUCAUCAACCUUUGAGUAUGCGACCUGUGAUGCCUCGGACUUGAAUUGUUGAGUAAUUUUUGGUUUUGACGUCUCAACCUGAGAGACAGCGGUCUCUUUGUCAGCCUUGAGCUUAUCCUCCUUAGCACCGCGGCGCUCCAGAGUUGAAGUAGGAAGUGGCUUAGGCUUGGGUUCGUGCGCAAAGAAGCCAUGAGGAGUCUGGAUUUUGGAGGGAAGCUCCUUGAAGCGAGCCUGGUUGGCCUUGAAGCAACGGCGCUGGACAUCAGCCCAGUCAAUCUGUCGAUAGUCCACGCGAGGAGUCUUCUCCCAGACAGCAUCCGACCCUUCCUUUUGUCCAUGUUCACCAACGCUAAGACCACCAUUUCUUGAGGAAUAGCCAAACCCAUAGGGGCCAUAGCGGCCAUAACGGUCGAAACAAAUGUUCUCGGGCAGGUUCAGGGUCUCGUAGGAUCCGAUGGCAUGCUCAGGGAAUCCUUGGGGGCGACCAUUAUAGUAUCGGAGCUGGGGAACCCGUAUUGUGCCGUCAGCAUCUAGAAAACAUUCUUUGCUUCCGGUUUCCUCACUUCGGUUCGCAUAAUCGCUCCAGUCGUUGCUUUUAGGGAGCUUCUUCUUGUUGACCUUGGAAUCAUCCUGGGGCUUGUUCUCCUUUUCCUCCGCGGCACCACCUUUUGUCUCGGCCUUAACGUCGUCCUCUGGCUUGACUUCGUCCCUCGCUUCCUUCUUGGUAGGAUUUGCGCCUUGAGCUUGGGCUUCAAUUUCUUCGGUAGCGGCCCUGUCGGUUUCGUCGGUAUCCUUGUCGCUCUUAAUUUCGUUUUGCUUGCUCCAGUCAUUGCCUUCACUUAGCAUCUCAGGCUCAUCCUUCACAUGAGGCCAUUCCGGCUUUAGCUCCUCGAAAGUGACCAGGCUCUUGAGACCACCAUAGUAUCUUUCCAAGAAGGGGAACUUCUCCCAAGCAGGUGGCGGUGGCGGUGGGCGGUUAUCAACCUUACCGUUGGCAACUUUCCAGUUCUCAACUUGGCUGGCUCGCACAAGACUCAACACCAUAACGAUAAUGAAUGUGAUCACAGUGCAAAAUAAGUAGCGAGUGACCUUGUUUGGCAUUCGGUAGGGGUACACUUUGGCAAUCCUUCGUCUAAGAGGGAGAGGUUUCUUUUGGUGACUGGGCAACAUCAAAAGCCCACUGCUCGCAGAUCCAGAUGUAUGCCUUGAAGAGCCAGCUGAAGAGCUCUCAGGGGAGUAUGGCUCGUCUUCGUAGUCAUCUUCAUCCUCGGUUGAAUAGUCGUCGUCAGAAUAUCGUUCCUUCGUUGGAGAGUUGACUUUUUGAUAUAGUGGGAGCUGAGGCUCGCGCGGCCGCAGUGGAUUUGGCAGCAACCCCAUAAUGGG